UGGCGAUACUCGUGGUACACUGCUACGUCUCUCGCAUGGGCCGUCGCUGGUCCUCCGUGGCAGCCCUGCUGCUCUCUGGCUUCGUGAGUGCUGCCAUAGUACUGCUUCUCUACGUUCGUGCUCCUGGGAUCGCGGUCAUGGCGGCGCUCGCCGUACUACAGUUCGUCGCAACAGCCGCAGGUGCGACAGCGAACCUGCAGAGCUUAGAAGUGCACCCGACGUGUGUGCGCCAGAUCACAACUAGCCUCGAGAUGGCUGCCAUCGGCCUCGUGAUUUCGCUGAUGCCUUACGUCAUAUUUAUGGGAGGAUCAGUGGACCAGCGACUGCCAUUCGCCAUCAUUGGGGGAUUCAAUGUCCUGGCUGCAUUCCUCAUGUCUUUCUUACCGGAAUCAGCGCUGCAGAAGUUGCCUGAGACAUUGCAGGAAGCUGCAGUUUUUGGGAAAGAGCAGCCCUACUGGAGCUGGAAGCCUAAGCCCGCGGCCUCUUUCCUUGCAGAAGAACAGAAAUGCUUAAGAUCUACUGCAGGCAGACCUUUCCGGGGAGUUUUUUCUUCUCACAGUGAUGGCUGCUUCACUUGCCGCUGCAAGUGGUACAAGAAUGGUACUGCUACGGCAAGAUAGUCGACAGAUCUUAGCAUCACCACUAACACGCGUGUUUCUAGUUUAGUAUU